AGAGAUAAGCUAGAGUAAGGGCAAUCACAUGACUGUUGUCCCUGAGUCUGAGAUAGGUCCCAUUGUGCUUUGGAACUAUUGGGAACAGGAGAGAAGGGAGAAACGGGUCUGGUGACUGAGAUAUUUUAAUGAAUGGAAAGGAAGGAAAUAUUGUCUCACUGCGUUUGUUUUGUUGUAGUUCUCCGUGCGCUAUCUGAAUCAAGGAGCGGAGUACUUUCAAGAAGCAGCAGUCUAUCUGCAUGUCGCUUCUUGGCAUUCAUCCCCGCAGAGUUCCUGGAAGCCUGCUAUGUCCACAGGUGGAGGUGGGACAGGACAGGAAGCAGCUGACCCCAUCCUCUCCUGCUCUCUUUCCUGAGAAUGGCAGCACCACCUUCUAACUUGAGUGUGGAAGCCAUGAAGAGGGUGGCGACAUUUGACUCAGAUCUUAAAGGAUAAGUGCAUCGCUCUUGAAAUACCUGUGGCUGCCAUCUCGUUUGGUAGGAGCAGUGUCCUAGAGAACUACAACUCCCAUCAGGACCUUCGGGAUCACGGCCCUCGGAGGCGGAAAUACAAUUUAGGAACUACCACUCCCGUGAUGCUCCGCUUCUGACGUCUGCGCAGAGCACAGCGACACGUUGCUUUUGCAGCGCUGCAUUUCACCCAUCUCAGCAUGGCUUCCGCGGACUCCCGGCGGAUGGGCAAUGGUGGCGGUGUCGGGGGAGCCUUCCAGCCCUACCUAGACUCCUUGCGGCAGGAGCUGCAGCAGAGGGACCCGACGGUGCUAUCAGUCGUGGUGGCGCUUCUCGCGGUGCUGCUGACGCUAGGUAAAGUGGCGGCGGGUGCCGGGCGGGGCGCUAACCUAACCUUGAUUGACCUCCCUGGCCAUGAGAGCUUGAGACUUCAGUUCUUAGAGCGGUUUAAGGCUUCAGCCAGGGCUGUCGUGUUUGUUGUGGAUAGUGCAGCCUUCCAGCGAGAGGUGAAAGAUGUGGCCGAGUUUCUGUAUCAAGUCCUGAUUGACAGUAUGGGUCUGAAGAACACACCAGCAUUCUUAAUCGCCUGCAAUAAGCAAGACAUCACAAUGGCAAAAUCAGCAAAGUUAAUUCAGCAGCAGCUUGAGAAAGAACUCAACACUUUACGAGUCACCCGAUCUGCUGCCCCCAGCACACUGGACAGUUCCAGCUCUGCCCCUGCUCAGCUGGGAAAGAAAGGCAAAGAAUUUGAAUUCUCACAGUUACCCCUCAAAGUGGAGUUCCUGGAGUGUAGUGCCAAGGGUGGGCGAGGGGACACUAGUUCUGCGGACAUCCAGGACUUGGAGAAAUGGCUGGCUAAAAUUGCCUGAGGGGCAGAUCCAAAGCACAAGACGUGAAUGCAUAUGUGGUGACUGAUAGUUUUGGAAAAGGUUGUAGCUAGAAACAUUUCUUUGUUCUGGAAACAAAUUAUUGUUAAAUUGAGCUUGGAAUUUUUUUUUUUAAGUUCGGUUCCCCUUGUUUCUUUCAAACUCGUUGCUUUUAUUUGAUUCUUGUGCCUUCCCUUUGUUAAAGUGUGUGGGACGUCCCUUCAGUGUAUGCUUGAUGUAGGGUCAAGGUCUUCGUGACCCUAACAGAUGGACUCCACAUAGAGAAGAUAUUAUCAAGAGAACAUGGUUAACAUCUGAAAAGCUUUCUUAUCUUGUGCUUUGGUCCCCUUUUCCUGGGAACAAACCUGUCUGUGUAUGGAACCAGUUGAUUUCCAAUUGCCCUUGAGGUUCAUGGACAGUCUAUCAUCUAGUCCUUUAUGACUUCUCAGAUUUGAAGGUACAAUUACGGUAUGUCUCACAACAACAUGCGAAGACAGGUCAAAAACAGCAAGGCUGUGCUGACAGUGCAUCGGUUCUUCAUCAGCUCAGUGACUUGUCCACACUCCGGCCUCAUAGCACUGAAGUUUCAAAAACACGUCAUGAGCCCUGGAGUCAUUCCCAGAUGAUAGGAUUGUAAGUGCUAAGUCCCCAAAUGCCAAAGGUUAGUUAGUGUGUCCUAGUGGUUCCCCUGACUGGGGAGUAUAUGGAGAUUUAGAAGCUGUUGUGUUUUUCUGGGCGGCUGAGGGCUCCUGAGCUAUCUUCGUGUACUGUUUGAUCACCUGUUUUGUACUCUUAGCUAGAAUGCUGUGGAACAAAUACAAAAAGAAAAAAAAGUUCUCUGUAGACUUUCAAGUGCAUAUUCACUGAUGGUUAAAAAAAAAAGUCAGCCUUUUCAAA